ACAAGGGUUUAAAACUCAGCACACUCACUCCAGCAGCCGCAGCUACUCCACCGUAAAUAGCCCCAACAUGGACAAGAAACAAAGCAAUGGGCCCCUAAUACAGAAUAAUGAGGAGCUCAGGAUAGUGAUGGUGGGGAAAACUGGAAUUGGGAAGAGCGCCACCGGAAACACCAUUCUGGGGCGACCCUGCUUUGAAUCCAAGUUCAGUGCAAAGUCUAUGACUAUAGACUGUUCCAAGGGCAAUACUGGGACGGAUGGGCGACGGGUUGCUGUUAUCGACACCCCAGGCCUCUUUGACACCAGGUAUGGCAUGGACAAAACAACUAAAGAUAUCAGUCAGUGCAUCUCUUACGCUUCUCCUGGACCCCAUGUGUUCCUGGUGAUCAUCAGACUGGGCCGAUUCACUGACGAGGAAAAGAAAGCGGUGCAACGGAUUCAAGAAAUCUUCGGUGAGGCUGCAGACAGAUACAGCAUGGUUCUCUUCACUUAUGGUGACCUUCUUGAAGAUACAACUAUUGAGGAAUUCUUGGCUGAAAGUCCAGACCUGCAGGAGCUCGUGGCCAGAUGUAAUGGCCAGUACCAUGUGUUCAACAACAAGAACAAUGAUCGUUCUCAGGUUACUGAGCUGCUCCAGAAGAUCAGUAAUAUAACCCUGAAGAACGGAGGAAGCCACUACACCAAUGAAAUGUUCCAAGAGGCUGAGAGGAAAAUCGAAGAGGAGAAACAACGCAUCCUGAAAGAGAAAGAAGAGCAAAUACGCAGAGAAAGAGAGGAAUUGGAGAGGCAAAUACAGGAGAAAUAUGAAAUACAAAUGCAGAAAAUUAGUCAACAACUCCAGGCUGAGAGAGAGAAGGAGAGAAUUGAGAGAGAGGAGGAGAGGAAGAGGGAGAGGGAAGAGAUGAAUGAGGAGAGGAGGAGGGAGGCAGAGGAGAGAAAUGCAGAGAGACAGAGAGAGAGAGAGGAGAAACAAAGGGAGAUGACAAACAUGAUGAACGAAUUAAACGAAAAGCAUGCAAGGGAACUGAGAGAGGAACAAGAAAGAUUGAACCAAAGGCAUCUGGCUGGCGCUAGAUUUCAAGCUGAAAGGUCAAAUCCUUUUGCAUUGCCUUGUGUCAUCUUGUAAAUGGUUCAGUGAAAUCAACUCGUUUACUGUUCAUAACCUCAACGGAGAUAGAAAAGUUCACCAGUUUCACUUUUUAGGAGCUAUUAAUCAUCCAUUUAAAUCAUGGAACUUAAAAUCAUAACUUGACUGAAUGUUCUACUAAGUGCUGAUAAUGGUAAUCAAAGUAAGUUUGCUGUUAGCUGCUGUAACUGCUGUAACAUUUUCCUAAAUGUACUGCAUUUUGGUUUGAUUUUCACCAGGCACCCUUUAGUUCUUUAAUUUGAAAUGAGUCACAUGAUGGAAGUAGUUACAGUAUGUCUGUUAUGUAUUUUUAUUAACCUCUGUAUGUGUUCUCCUUUUAUUGGAUGAUGAUUGAUCACUCAUUGCAUCACAUUUACUUAAAGGCAGAAGGUUGAGUCCUUCAUUAGCUCACACUGAUGCCUUGAGUUUAUUUUCACUUUCAUUUUAAUUAAACCUUAAUUAAAACUGGAUUUCUGUUAUUUGUUUGACAAUACAUUUUUGUGAGAAAUGUGUCAAGGUUACAUGGAUUUUAUGCUAAAAGUAAGCUAGUUGGUACAGAAUUUUAAUGAGUUGUUUCUUUCUUUAAGAAAGAAGGGUACGUGUGGAUGCAGAGUUUUAAUGUUACUCAGCUGUUACAGGAUGAAGUUCUACAAUUGUUUUUUAACAACUGAUAACUGCCAUACACCUGAAAGUUUAGAGAGUGCUUGCAUUUCUUAACAGUGUAAGUUGACUGGGGAACCUUGUUGCAUGUCAUGUUUUCCUCUGUUUGCCCCAUAAUUUCUGGUGAGGUAUCUUAUGCGUGGCAUGGAAUAAAGGCAACUAAUUCUCAAAAAUAAAAAAUAAAAUAAUUUAGAUUAAAUUA